UUGGGACUACCGGAUUUUAAAAGAUACCAUAGGGCAGCCAUUCUAGCAAGAAUUUUUGACUGGACACAUAACUCAAAGAGUAAACAAUGGGUCACGAUUGAAAACACACUUAGUAGAAAGGAUCUGGGUAGGAGUGUAUGGGUGUCACCACAGUAUAGAGAAUUAGAGGAGAGCACGAGUAUAUACACGAGUAUUGUAAUAAGGGAGUGGGAUAAAAUGCACAAACAGAGGAAAUGGGACUUCAAUUCACUGCUGAUGUCACUAAGAAAUUCAGUGUUUUUCCCCCCAGGUAAAGAGGAAAUUUCAGGUAGAUGGAUUAUGAAGGAAGACACUCAGCUGAGAGAUGUAAUGAAGGGGGUACACUUAAGAACACUGGAGGAUUUGAAAAGGGAAGAGGGAAGGAUUUUCACUAGGAAUAGAUAUAUGGAGAUACAAUCAAUUGAAACAAUUUGUGGAGAAAUUGACGAAGCCCCUUAGAACUAGGAAAGAGUGGAAUGAAUUUGAGAAAUACUUAGAA